AUGUUGCGCAAACGUUUAAUUAAAAACUCCAAAACUAGUCCGUUUAUUAUUGGCAUAUUUUGUGGGACUUCGAAACCAAAACCACUCCCUAAUUAUUUGAGUGAUUUUGUAACUGAGCUGAAAGAGUUAUUGGUUAACGGCUUUGAAUAUAACAACAGGAAAUACGCAGUUGAGAUCCACAGCUUUGUUUGCGAUAGUCCUGCAAAGGCGUUUAUAAAGUGCGUUAAAUCUCACGGAGGAUACUCAUCCUGCGAUAAAUGUCAUGAUCCAGGGGAGUAUUAUUGUGGUAGAGUGACAUUAAAGAACAUUUUUGCACCUAAGAGAACUGAUCGUUCAUUUAGAUUGCAAUUAGAUGAAGAGCAUCACGUGGGCGAAACGCCUCUGUUAGUCCUGCCAAUUGAUUUUAUUGCAUGUUUCCCCAUUGAUUACAUGCAUUGCAUCUGCUUAGGAGUUGUACGCAAAUUAUUGAACUCUUGGUUGAGUGGUCCACUUCAUGUGAGACUGGGUAAUAAUUUAGCAAAACAAAUUUCUGACUAG